AAGAAAAGGAAGGGUUUUUAAACACAUUCGUUUCCUAGCUUGGCCUUGGCGGCGAUUGUGAGAGUCAGAGAGAUGGAUAUGGAUGCAGAGAAGAUGAAGCUGAAGCUCUACAACACUAUGACGCAGCAGAAGGAGGAUUUUGUUCCGAUCACUCCCGGAAAGGUCGGAUUGUACGUCUGCGGGAUCACAGCUUACGAUUUCAGCCACAUCGGCCAUGCUCGCGCCGCAGUCUCCUUCGAUGUUCUCUACAGAUACUUGAAGCAUUUGAGUUACGAAGUUAAUUUCGUCAGGAAUUUCACAGAUGUUGAUGACAAGAUAAUCAUACGUGCUAAUGAGAGUGGAGAGAACCCGUUAGAGUUGAGUAAUCGCUUUUGCGAGGAGUAUUUGGUGGAUAUGGGUGCUCUUCAGUGCCUCCUUCCCACCCACCAGCCUCGUGUCAGCGACCAUAUGGAUCACAUUAUAACCAUGAUUCUAAAGAUCAUUGAGAAAGAUUGUGGGUAUGUUGUGGAAGGCGAUGUGUUCUUUUCUGUCGACAAAUCACCCAACUAUGGUAAGUUAUCUGGUCAGCUCCUGGAACAUACCCGAGCUGGCGAGCGAGUUGCUGUUGAUUCCAGAAAACGUAACCCUGCUGAUUUUGCACUUUGGAAGGCUGCAAAACCUGAUGAGCCAAGCUGGGAGAGCCCAUGGGGUCCAGGAAGACCGGGAUGGCACAUCGAGUGCAGUGCCAUGAGUGCUCAUUAUCUGUCUCCCAGAUUUGACAUUCAUGGUGGUGGUGCAGAUCUUAAAUUCCCCCACCAUGAAAACGAGAUCGCUCAGACAUGUGCCGCAUGUGAGGAUGGUGGUGUUAAUUACUGGUUGCAUAAUGGGCAUGUCACUAUUAACAACGAGAAGAUGGCAAAGUCAAAGAAAAACUUCAAAACAAUCAGAGAAAUCACAGAAAGUUACCAUCCGUUGGCUCUGAGGCACUUCUUGAUGAGUGCACACUACCGGUCUCCUCUGAGUUUCUCAGCGUCGCAGCUAGACAGUUCGUCAGACGCUUUGUUUUACGUUUAUCAGACAUUGCAAGAUCUUGAUGAUGCCCUCUUGCCAUAUCGAGAAGCAAUGGCUGAAGACGGUGGAAAAGCUCAACAGACUGCAGAAGCCAAAGACGUCAUUAACAAGCUCAAAAGUGAGUUUGAAGCUAAGAUGUUAGACGAUUUAAAUACUGCCCAUAUACUCACGGGUGCUUAUCAAGACGCAUUGAAAUUCAUCAAUGCUUCCAUCGGCAAGCUCAAGAAAAUGCAGAAGAAACAGCGAUUGUCCAUGCUUGUGUCACUCGUUGAGAUUGAGAAAGCAGCCACGGAAGUUCUCGAUGUGCUUGGUUUGCUCACAACCCUGAGCUAUGCCGAGAUUCUGAAAGAAAUGAAACAGAAAACACUAACAAGAGCAGGGUUGAGCGAAGAAGACAUUGAACAGAAGAUAGAAGAAAGGAUAAUGGCGCGGCAGAAGAAAGAGUUUGAGAAAAGUGAUCAGAUCAGAGCAGAAUUGACUGUACAUGGAAUAGCAUUAAUGGAUAUUGGCAAAGAGACUGUGUGGAGGCCAUGCUUCCCUUCUCAGGCUAAUUCCAGCGAUGGAGAUAAGUCAACUUCCUGAAAUUCAACCCUUUAUUCUUCUUCUUCUAGCCUUUUGUUUAAGGCUUUUUUUUAUCUCUUGUUUUGUUUUGAGUUGUCCCAAUGACUCAUAAUAGACACUUGUUGCUGUUUUUUU